AUAGUCACAUACCAUAGUUCAUAGCCAUGGCAACGGAAGGGUCGGAGGGAGGCGGGGCAUCUACUCCCGAGACCGUCGCUCCCCACUACACCCCGCAAAACAUCUUGAUCACCGGUGGGGCGGGCUUCAUCGCUUCACACCUCGUCAUACUUCUGGUGGAGAAGUACCCGCAGUACAACAUCGUCGUCUUGGACCGCCUGGACUACUGCGCGUGCCUGGAGAACUUGGACUGCAUCGCGCAGAAGCCCAACUACAAGUUCGUGAAGGGGAACAUCUGCUCGUCGGACAUGGUCACGUACGUCCUGCGGGAGGAGAAUAUCGACACGAUCCUGCACUUCGCGGCGCAGACCCACGUGGACAACUCCUUCGGGAACUCCUUCCAGUUCACCCAGAACAACAUCUACGGCACGCACGUCCUCCUCGAGAGCGCCAAGAAGGUGGGCAUCAAGCGAUUCGUGCACGUGUCCACCGAUGAGGUUUACGGCGAGGGCGAGCACGACCAGGAGCCCAUGUUCGAGGACAACGUCCUAGAGCCAACUAACCCUUACGCCGCCACCAAGGCUGGGGCGGAGUUCAUCGCGAAGGCGUACUUCAGGUCGUUCAACUUGCCGGUGAUCAUCACGCGAGGGAACAACGUGUACGGACCGCACCAGUACCCUGAGAAGCUCAUCCCCAAGUUCAUCAACCAGCUCAUGAGGGGCAAGAAGCUCACGAUCCACGGCACAGGGAGCAACAAGAGGAACUUUCUUCACGUUGCCGACGUCGCGACGGCCUUCGAGAAGAUCCUUCACGCGGGGGUGGAGGGAAGCAUCUACAACAUAGGGGGCACAAACGAGCACUCGGUCUUGAAAGUCGCCAGGGACCUCAUGAGGAUCUUCGAACUGCCUUCGGAAGAUGGGGACAAGGUCACCGAGUUUGGGGAUGACAGGGUUUUCAACGACCUACGGUACACCAUCAACAGCGACAAACUCGCCGCGCUAGGGUGGAAGGAGGAGAAGACCUGGGAGCAGGGGCUGAAGGAGACGGUGGAGUGGUACCGGACCAACAGCAGCCGCUUCGGAGACAUCGAGCACUGCCUCGUGGCGCAUCCCCGCGCGGGGCUGGGACAGGAGGAGAGCUCCUCGGUGGUCUGAUGGUGUGUUGUGUUGCAGAGCAGAUUUUGCCCGCUUGGGUGGGCGUAGGUGGGAGGCUUCGGAGCCUGCCAGCCGACGGCGCGACGCGACUGCCGCGGCUGUCAAGUCAGCUGCUACUGCCGGCUCUCGUCGACAAACGUUGCCAUUGCGACCGGAGAUGCUAUCUGCCGUGGUAGCGGUGUGGCGUGUUCCGAUCAUCAUCAUCAUCAUCAGCUGUUUUACCGGACGACCUCCUUCGGCACGAAGCCGGGUAGUAGGCGGGAACAGAGGCCGUGGCCGUGUGUAGGGAGGGGCUUUGCCAGGCAGUGGCGUUCGAUUGGCGGUCAGCAUUCCCGAGGGAGGAGGAUGACUGCGGUUGCGUGACUUGUGCCACUGUAGUAGAAUCGCCCCCCCAGUGGCUCGCCAACAGGGCUCGCAAGUUCUAACUUUGGAGGGAGGGGAGGGGGUCUGUUAUAUCCAGGUACCGUGUAGGGUGCUUCAACUAGGAUUUAGUGUAGUAUUGUACAACCUGUAUAUUGUUUCUUGUUUAGGAUGUAGUAUAGGUAUACAUGCACUUAUACACUCUUUUUAUGGGUUUUCGACUGCUGUAGGUCCAUCGUGCGUAGGACUAUGUGUGACCCCAUCCACACGUCAUAGUAUACGGUUAUCCUGCGACACUCAAGCCUAUACAAUAUAACGAAUAUAUAGGUUUGCGAUAUCCAUACUAAAUCCUACACAAAAAUGCCUAGAAUAAAACUGGAUGAAGAGCCCGAAAAAAUGGGGUGGGGGGGUAGCCGUGCUUUCAGAAUUUGAAUCCGCAAGCCCUCUUAGGCUCGCGUCUGGGGGGCUUAGGGAAAUCGGCGUGACCGAAGAACGGUGAGGGGGGAAGACUGUGUUCCACCACCAGUUCACAGGAGAAGAGUUUUCAGCACUUCCACCACAGGAAAAUGAAAACAAGAGCAAUAAUUUCCACAACAGGGUAGACUUACUUUUUCAUCCUCUCUUGGCUUGGUUUUGUCCGUGGUAUUAGUUCCGUCACCGUCGUGUCUACAUGGUACAGGACACGGAACGAUAUGAAGCUGGAGAGACGACGUUCGGCGUCGUCACUGAGUAUGCAACUCUCUACACUACUGUGUCGUAGAAUCAUCACCCGCCUUCUAGAGGCGGGUGCCAAAAGCGGGGUGUUUAAAUAUUUUGCGACUUCGCCGGAGUAAAAGUCCCCGCUUCCAACAAGCCACUACCCUUUGCUAGAGAGGAAAAAGCGCGAUGCAGCAUUCAUAUUCCAUUGAAUAGUUUUUCUCUCUUAUAUUAUUCUGGUCAAGUCAUCAUGAUAUAUAUUCUGGGAAAGACGUCUUUUGGUAGAAUUAGGUUUUGAGCGGUGAGUGCAUGGCCGAUGGUUGGUUGUGUGUUUCGUUUUUGAUUGAAAAUGGAUGUGUUGUUUUGAUUUUGGUAGUAGACUACAUGUAGAUGACAUUUUUGCUGUGGGAGAGAGGGAGAGAUGUGACAAGUUUGGCGCCGACCUUAACAAGUCCGUGCCAGUGAAGAACCUGGGAGAGUUGAGAUGCUAUUCUGGGCUGGUUGAAUCGAGAGCAACCCUACAAAAUGGUUUGCUCUCGAUUCAACUAGAGAAAAAAUCGUGACGGAGAAGAAAAAUAGUUACGCGUUCAACGACAACCCCGGCGGAUUUUGCCGCUACCACCAGUCCGAGCUUCACACCAACGAGCGUGUCGUCUCCAGCAGCAACUGCGGCGCGCGGGUUGGAGAGAGGGCGCCGCGGAACGCCGCUCGGGCGGCGGCAGCUGCGGUGGCGGCGGUAGCCAGCGAGGGGGCAGACCGC